UGAGAGAGAGAGAGAGAGAGAGAGAGAGAGCACGAGACUGAAGAGUUUUACGGGUUGGUUUGGCGAAUAAUCCUGGAUGGAGGAGCGAAAUCGCCAUCUGCCAUCCACAGAGGCAGACACAUCAUCAUCGUCAUCAUCACCUUCAUCAUCUGCUGCGGUGUCACCCGCCGGAUCUCCGUCCAGUCCGCGCGCGUGUGUGAGAAGGGAAAGUCAAAGCCCGGAAAUGAGGAAGGAAAGGAGCGCUUCCGCCGCAUCCAGACCGGCUUUAAUUGAUCAGAUCGCAUCGAUCGCUUCUUCUGGAGGAUGCUGAAUGAAAAGUGCUCGGGCUGAGGAUAUUCUCCACGACCGAAAGCAGCUCCUGCACUGAUUCUGCACUGGACCUGAAUGGAAGCAUGGAGUGACUCUUGACCUUCAUUAGUAGCCUCACCCAGCAUCAUCAUCAUCAUCAUCACUGUCAGCAUCAGGACCAGUUCAGUCCAGACGACAAAAGCGAAACGCGUUUCCGCUCCAGCAGCCGUAGUGAGCGCGUGUGUCCCUGGCGGGCCGCCGUCGCGAUGGGCGAGAACAUGUCGAAGCGGCUGAAGCUCGUCACGGGCUCCGAGUCAGAGAUGGAGGAGCGCAGCUUCAUCAACCCGUUCCCGGACUGGGACCAGGGCCUGUCGGUGUCAUCCAACUCAGCAAAAGACAGCGGCGGGAACGAGCCCUUUGAUGCCAACGGAAAGAUCAGUGAUGCCUUUCAGAAGAAACUGCAAAGCAAGAUCAAAGACCUUCUCCAACAGAUGGAGGAGGGCCUGAAGACUGCAGAUCCUCACGAUUUUUCUACAUACACAGGCUGGACAGGCAUAGCCCUGCUGUACCUGCAGCUUUAUCGAGUGACGCAGGAGGCCUCACAUCUGCAGCGGGCUCUGGAUUACGUCAAACGCACGCUGAGGAACCUGAACGGACGGCGCGUCACCUUCUUGUGCGGAGAUGCCGGGCCUCUGGCUGUAGGCGCGGUCGUUCACCACCACUUAAAAAACCAGGCCGAGUCCCAGGAGUGCGUCACGAAAUUGCUCCAGCUCCAGCGUUCGGUGCUCAGUCCAGACUCAGACAUUCCCGAUGAGCUCCUGUACGGACGGGCCGGAUACCUCUACGCCCUGCUCUACGUCAACAAAGAGAUGGGGCCGGACACGGUGGACGAGACCACCAUCACCAAGGUGGUGACGGCUAUUUUGGAGUCGGGGAAGAACUUGUCUAAGGAGGAGAAGAAAACCGAGCGCUGCCCGCUGCUGUACGAGUGGCAUAAGAAACAGUAUGUAGGAGCGGCUCAUGGUCUGGCAGGCAUUUACUACAUGCUCAUGCAGCCGAGCGCCAAAGUCCAUCAGGACAUUCUGAACGAGCUGGUUCGGCCCAGUGUGGAUUACGUGCGGCACAAGAAGUUCAGGUCGGGCAAUUACCCAUCUUCCCUCAGCAACGAGACGGACAGGCUGGUGCACUGGUGUCAUGGAGCUCCUGGAGUGCUGCAUAUGCUCAUCAUGGCUCACAAAAUCUUCAAGGAUGAGAAGUACCUGCGAGACGCGGUCGAAUGCGGAGAGGUGAUCUGGCAGAGAGGUUUGCUGAGGAAGGGCUACGGCAUCUGCCACGGCACGGCUGGGAACGGAUACGCCUUCCUCGCUCUGUACCACGCCACACAGGAUAAGAAAUACCUGUAUCGUGCCUGCAAGUUUGCUGAAUGGUGUCUAGACUACGGAACCCACGGCUGCCGUAUUCCUGACCGGCCUUAUUCCCUUUUUGAAGGUAUGGCGGGAGCCAUCCAUUAUCUCUCAGAUGUGGUCCAGCCUGAGGGUUCCUGCUUCCCUGCUUUUGAACUUUGACCUGUGCGUUUGGAAGCAUAGACUUUUACUCCUUCAUUAGGAGCUUUACAUGCUUUUACAGCACAUUUGAUUGUACAGUUUCAUCGCUCUGGACAGACCCUUUAAAAUGAAGAAAACAUUUCUUCCUCAUCACAGACGCAAAAAACCCAACCUUCAGCCUAUAAUUUCCGAGAACGCCGCCUUGAGUUCAGUUUUCGUAGCUUGUAGUCUUUCUCAGUAUGUUGCUGUUAUUUUGGAUAAUAUUUGAUGCUAAUAUAUGAUUUUGUUUUAGUUUCUAUCUUUGUAUGUUACGGCACAACAGCAUUUCUUGCAUCUGCAUGCUCGUCGGGGAAUAGCGGUGCCUCGACUCGAUCGUCUGUCGCGCACUGGAGCGUUUGUCCCGUGUGAAAGUGGUUGUCUUUGUCUUUGCAUGAGGAUGGCAACAUGUCGGAAUGUGCCGGUGUACGUGUGCCUUUAGGUCAAUUAAUCCAGUAUCCAACAUGGUGUGGUUGUGGAGUUUGUACUGUGCGUAUGUCAGUGUUUC